UCUCUCCCCGCCUGUGGGCUACCCCGCGCUCGGGCUCCGGAGCCGUCAUGGGCGCCGCCGCGUGGGCACCGUCGCCCCUGCUGCUGCGUGUGUCUCUCCUGAUUCUGAUUCUGCCGCUCCCGGGGCUGCCCGCGGGCUCCUGGGACCCGGCCGGUUACCUGCUCUACUGCCCAUGCAUGGGGCGCUUCGGGAACCAGGCCGAUCACUUCUUGGGCUCCCUGGCUUUUGCAAAGCUGUUGAACCGCACCUUGGCUGUACCCCCUUGGAUUGAGUACCAGCAUCACAAGCCUCCCUUCACCAAUCUCCAUGUGUCUUACCAGAAGUACUUCAAGCUGGAGCCCCUCCAGGCCUACCAUCGGGUCAUCAGCCUGGAGGACUUUAUGGAGAAGCUGGCACCCACUCAUUGGCCCCCUGAGAGGCGAGUGGCAUACUGCUUUGAGGUGGCAGCCCAGCGAAGCCCUGAUAAGAAGACGUGCCCCAUGAAGGAAGGAAAUCCCUUUGGUCCAUUUUGGGAUCAGUUUCAUGUGAGUUUCAACAAGUCGGAGCUUUUUGCAGGCAUUUCCUUCAGCGCCUCCUACAAAGACCAGUGGAUCCAGAGAUUUUCUCCAAAGGAACAUCCAGUGCUCGCCCUCCCAGGGGCGCCGGCCCAGUUCCCCGUCCUGGAGGAGCAUAGGCCACUCCAAAAGUACAUGGUAUGGUCGGACGAGAUGGUGAAGACGGGAGAGGCCCACAUCCGCGCCCAUCUCAUCCGGCCCUACGUGGGCAUUCACCUGCGCAUUGGCUCUGACUGGAAAAACGCCUGCGCCAUGCUGAAGGACGGAACCGCAGGCUCCCACUUCAUGGCCUCCCCGCAGUGUGUGGGCUACAGCCGCAGCACGGCGGCCCCUCUCACCGUGACCAUGUGCCUCCCUGACCUGAAGGAGAUCAGACGGGCCGUGAAGCUCUGGGUGGAAGCGCUGAACGCCCGGUCGGUCUACAUUGCCACGGAUUCUGAGAGUUAUGUGCCCGAGAUCCAAGAACUCUUCAAAGGGAAGGUGAAGGUGGUGAGCCUGAAGCCCGAAGUGGCCCAGAUCGACCUGUACAUCCUUGGCCAAGCCGACCACUUUAUCGGCAACUGUGUCUCCUCCUUCACUGCCUUCGUGAAGCGGGAACGGGACCUCCAAGGGAGGCCGUCCUCUUUCUUUGGCAUGGACAAGCCCCCUCAGCUGCGGGAUGAGUUCUGAUCCUGGCUGGAGCAUGUCACCAGU